CGGACGAGUCUGGUGGAGGAAGGAAGAGGAGCCCCGGAGGAGCGGAGGGAGCCCAGCCGAGGAGCCCUGCCCGGUCCAGGGUGCAGCUCCCCCAGGAGACGGCGAGGCUGCGGGGCUGCGGAAGGGCCUCCCCCAAAGGCGAUGAUCCGGAGCCAAGAGGGACCCCAUGAGAGGAGGGUGGCUGGAAAGAGAGGCCGGAAGGAGGAAAAGGUCAACAUGCCCGGAGAAGCCCAAACGUUCUUCGAGUGCAGAGAGUUCUUCAGAACAAAUGGAAGUCUCAAACAUCAUCAAAGAAUACACUCAGGAGAGAAACCCUAUAAAUGUCUGGAGUGUGGAAAAAGCUUUACUGAGUGUGGAUCCCUCUGUCAACAUCAAAGAAUUCACACCAGAGAAAAAACACAUACAUGUCUGGAAUGUGGAAAGAGUUUCAGCCGUAGGGGAAGCCUUUAUAUGCAUCAAAGAAUCCAUUCAGGAGAGAAACCAUAUAAAUGCCUAGAAUGUGGAAAGAGUUUCAGUCAGAGGGGAAGCCUUUAUAUACAUCAGAGAAUCCAUUCGGGAGAGAAACCGUAUAAAUGUCCGGAGUGUGGAAAGAGUUUCAGUCAGAGGGGAAGCCUUUAUACACAUGAAAGAAUCCAUACAGGAGAGAAACUCUGUAAAUGCCUGGAGUGUGGAAAGAGUUUCAGUCAGAGAGGACAUCUCAGGAUACAUCAAAGAAUUCACACAGGAGAGAAACCAUAUAAAUGCCUGGAGAAUGGAAAAAGCUUCAGUCUGUGGGGAAGCCUUUAUACACAUCAAAGAAUCCAUUCAGGAGCGAAACCAUAUAAAUGCCUGGAGUGUGGAAAGAGCUUUGCUGAGGGUGGACACCUCAGUCAACACCUAAGGAUUCACACAGGAGAAAAACCAUAUAAAUGCCUGGAAUGUGGAAAAAGUUUCAGUCAGAGGGGAAGCCUUUAUACACAUCAAAGAAUCCAUUCAGGAGAGAAACCAUAUAAAUGUCUGGAGUGUGGAAAGAGCUUUACUGUGGGUGGACACCUUCAUCGACAUCAAAGAAUCCAUUCAGGAGAGAAACCGUAUAAAUGCCUGGAGUGCGGAAAGAGUUUCAGUCAGAGGGGAAGCCUUUAUAUACAUCAAAGAAUCCAUUCAGGAGAGAAACCGUAUAAAUGCCUGGAAUGUGGAAAGAGUUUCAGUCAGAGGGGAAGCCUUUAUAUACAUCAAAGCAUCCAUUCAGGAGAGAAACCGUAUAAAUGUCUGAAAUGUGGAAAGAGUUUCAGCCAGAGGGGAAGGCUUUAUAGACAUGAAAGAAUCCAUACAGGAGAGAAACUCUGUAAAUGCCUGGAGUGUGGGAAGAGUUUCAGUCAGAGAGGACAUCUCAGGAUACAUCAAAGAAUUCACACAGGAGAGAAACCAUAUAAAGGCCUGGAGAGUGGAAAAAGCUUCAUUGUGAUGGGAAACCUUUAUACACAUCAAAGAAUCCAUUCAGGAGAGAAACCAUACAAAUGCCUGGAGUGUGGAAAGAGCUUUGCUGAGGGUGGACACCUCAGUCGACACCUAAGGAUUCACACAGGAGAAAAACCAUAUAAAUGCCUGGAAUGUGGAAAAAGUUUCAGUCAGAGGGGAAGCCUUUAUACACACCAAAGAAUCCAUUCAGGAGAGAAACCAUAUAAAUGCCUGGAAUGUGGAAAGAGCUUCAUUAGAAAUGAACAACUCAAAACUCAUCAAAGAAUCCACUCAGGAGAGAAACCAUAUAAAUGUGUGGAGUGUGGAAAGAGUUUUAGUCAGAGGGGAAGCCUCUAUAUGCAUCAAAGAAUCCAUUCAGGAGAGAAACCGUAUAAAUGCCUGGAGUGUGGAAAGAGCUUUAGUCGCAGAGGAAACCUUGAUAGACAUCAAAGAAUCCAUUCAGGACAAUCUAUUCAUAUAAAUACCUGGAGUGUGGAAAGAGUUUCAGUUAGAGAGGACAUCUCAGGAUACAUCAAAGAAUUCACAUGCGAGAAAAACCAUAUAAAAACCUGCAAUGUGGAAAGAACUUCAGUUACAGGGGAAGCCUUUAUAGACAUCAAAGAAUCCAUUUAGGAGAUAAAUUGUAUAAAUGCCUUGAAUAUGGGAAGAGUUCUAAUGAGAGUAGAAGCUUUUAUAAACAUGAAAGAAUGCAUUCAGGAGAAGAACUAUAUAUAUGGCUGGAGUCAGUGAAGAUGUAAACAAGAAAGUUUAUGAAUGCAUGGAAUCUUGAAAAUCCUUCAGAAAAAUUGGAAAUCUCCAAAAUCAUCUAAGAAUCCACAUGGAUGAGAAACCAUAGAAAUUACAAUCCAAUAAGGUACAGGUGUGGACCCUUCAUCACCAUCAAAACCUGUGUGUCAACUUGAGUGAAUACUGUAUUAUCAGCUCAAAAAUUCAAGGGCAUGCAAACUUCUGAACAGGACCAUUUUACUAUUUCCAUUAUUGCUAUGGUUUGUUUAAUGAUUAUGCUCUUCUGUGAUGCCUAAUAGUUUAAUUUGAAUCACAUUGCAAAUUAAAAAGUUUAUU